CAUCACAUGCAACCCAAUCUUAUGUCCACUCAUUUGUAUGACAGCUGGAAAUCCCUUAUUCCCACUCUUGUCACAGUACAGCUUGACUACACUGCAUGGACACUAGGAGCACCUCUUCAAAGGAUACACACGCUGGCCUUAUCUUUGUGCUGCUCACAUACAUGUGCACAAAAACACACAUCCAUUGUUUGUCUUUUUUUUUGA